AUGGGCUAUGCACAGCGCAAGGUCGCGAACACGGCUUCCAAGCUCGCCCAUGUCUCCUCCUCACACCUAAGAGCUCUUCCUCCAAAACACUCCCUCCUCCCUGCUGGCAAGGCUGCUCCACCAGCCGUCUUCGACGCGCAGGCAUGGGCCGCGUCCCAACCCCCUCCUCGGUCGACACUUGCGGCCUUCGCGCAUAGGAUAGGCCUCGGGAAGGUUGUGCCCUCAGUGGACGUCAUCGAACAGGCCUGCACGCACCCGUCCUUCGUCCACCUGCACAACCAGCAACAUCCCGACCAGCCCCUACCUGCCACCAAUGCCUCCCUUGCGACCCUCGGCAACUCCCUCCUCGGCAUGUUUGCAACCGAGUUCGUCAACUCAUCCUACCCACACCUCCCAACCCGCGUCAUGAAGGCCGCAGUCAGCGCACACGUCGGUCCGACGACCUGCGCGAACCUGGCGCGUGAGAUGGGUGUCACGCCCAUUCUGCGCUGGCAUCGCACACCUGCAAACUUGACGCAGGGCGCCGUGCUUCACAUCGACGCGCUGGCAUCCGUGCCGAGAGCGCUGACCGCCUUGGUAUACCAGUACCGGUCAUUGCGUUCCGCACGGAGAUUCGUGGAGAAAUUCUUCUUCAGCAGAGAGGUCGAUUUGCGGAGCAUGAUGAAGUUCAGGGAUCCGAAGCAGACAUUGCUGGCGACGGUCCAGAAGUUUGGGAGGGAGCGCCCAAUAUCGAGAUUACUCAAAGAGACUGGUCGACUGUCGAACUCGCCAGUCUUUGUAGUGGGCAUCUUCUCCGGUGCUGAUAAGCUUGGGGAAGGGUUUGGCAGCUCCCUGAAAAUGGCGGAAUAUCGGGCGGCGGAGGACUCAUUGUUGAGACUCUACCUGACGCGACAGCCACCACACUUACUGCAGCUUCCGACAUCGACAUUCCCUGACGCGCCAGGGAACGUGUUCGAGGCGACCGGCGCUGAGAGCGCAUACUCGCCCGUGUCGCUCGGCGACUCGGAGGUUCUAUACGGCAGUGCUGGGCGGGCGGGCGUUCGUACGCCUGGAGCGCGCUCACGAGCUGCCGAGGCCGAGGACGAUUUAGAGGACUACGUACUGUAAUACAGACAUGCUUAAUGUUCCAGGACCACCUUGCACACCCCCG